CAGAAUCUGAGACGACUGCAGUCCUUCAUAAACAGCCUGCAGUGUUCUGCUCUGCUGAGAUUAGUUUUAUUCUCAGUUUAUGGAGAAAUCUGAGUCUCAUUUUCAGCACUGUGAAAGGAAGUGAUUUCUAACUGGACCUGCUAAGUUAUCUGUUUGAAAAAAUCUGAAAUCAGGGUGUGAUUAAUUUUUACCAAAAUUAAAGUGAAACUCUGAGCAUUGGGACUGGAGAGAACAACAACAGCAGAACCAAAUGGCUUCUAAGUUUUCAGAGGAGGAUUUCUCCUGUCCUGUGUGCUGUGAAAUCUUCCAGGAUCCUGUUCUCUUGCACUGCAGUCACAGUGUGUGUAAAGUGUGUUUGCAGCAGUUCUGGGAGGCCAAAGAAUCCAGAGAAUGUCCUGUUUGUAGGAGGAAGUCGUCUCUGCCUGAACCGACCACAAACCUGGCCUUAAAGAACCUGUGUGAGACUUUCUUACAGGAGAGAAGUCAGAGAUCUUCAUCAGGGUCUGAAACAGUCUGCGGUCUGCACAAUGAGAAACUCAAACUCUUCUGUCUGGACGAUCAACAGCUGGUGUGUGUGGUGUGUCAGACUUCAAGAAAACACACCAACCACAAAUUCUGCCCCAUUGAUGAGGCAGUAACAGACUGUAAGGAGGAGCUCAUAUCUGCUCUGAAGCCCUUACAGGAGAAAUUGAAGAUCUUUAAAGAUUGUAAACUGAACUGGAGUCAGACUGCAGAACAUAUAAAGAUUCAGGCCCAACACACAGAGCGGCAGAUUAAGGAGGAGUUUGAGAAGCUUCACCAGUUCCUACGAGAUGAAGAGGCAGUCAGGAUCGCUGCACUGAGAGAGGAAGAGGAGCAGAAGAGUCAGAUGAUGAAGGAGAAGAUUGAAAAGCUGAGCAGAGACAUAUCGUAUCUUUCAGACACAAUCAGAGUCAUAGAAGAGGAGAUGAGAGCUGAAGACAUCUCGUUCUUACAAAACUCCAAGGCCACAGUGAAAAGAGCUCAGUGCACACUGCAGCAUCCAGAGGAGCUUUCAGGAGCACUGAUCCAUGUGGCAAAACAUCUGGCCAACCUGAAGUUCAGAGUCUGGGAGAAGAUGCAGCACACUGUCCAAUACACACCUGUAUCUCUGGACCCCAACACUGUUCAUCCUAACCUCAUUGUAUCUGAUGAUCUGACCAGUGUGAGAUUCGGUGAUGAGAAACAGAAUCUUCCUGAUAAUCCAGAGAGAUUUGAUAAUAAAUGUUGCUGUAUCCUGGGCUCUGAGGGCUUUAACUCAGGGACACACUGCUGGGAUGUUGAAGUUGGACACUGUACAUUCUGGUUUGUGGGUGUGAUGACAGAAUCUGCUCAGAGGAAGGGGAUUGUAUUAUUCAGAAGUGGAAUCUGGUGUGUGGCAUAUAAUAAAGGUAAAUAUAGAGCAGUUUCUACACCAGAUCCAGAGACUUUCCUCUCAGUAGCACAGAAACUGCAGAAGAUCAGAGUGCAGCUGGACUGGAACAGAGGAAAACUGUCAUUCUCCGACCCCCUCACUAACACACUCAUACACACUUUCACACACAGAUUUACUGACAAAUUACUGCCAUUCCUAUGCGUUUUUGGUAAAGAAUCUCCUCUAAAGCUCCUCCCACUUCACUGCUCUGUAAGAGUGAAUCAGUUCAGUUAGAACUGAUAUUGUUUUAUUCUAGUUCAUUAAUGAAAUAUUGCAGAUUAAAAGAUUCAUAUUCUU